UUUCCCUUCCCGAGUAACGCUCGUUUACAUUCUAGGUUGGUGCUCGGCAAUAUAAAGUUGUGGAAAUAGCCGUCAAAGUUACUUAGGAUUGGGUUGAAAAUGCUGGGAGAGAAAAAGCAAUUAAUGGUGAAAAGAGACCUUUACACAGACCCCACGUUUCCAGCCAGUGACACCUCUAUAUUUUUUGAUUAUUGUACCCCACUGGCCCAAUUCAGAGGCGAGAUAUCUUGGUUGAGACCUAAGGACAUUUGUUCCUCUCCUCGGUUAUUUUCAAACAAUCUGCAGGAUGUGCAAGUGAAACAAGGAAUUUUGGGAGAUUGUUGGUUCCUGUGUGCCUGUGUAGCUUUGCAGAAGAGUAAAUACCUACUGAAUAAGGUGAUCCCUCCAGGUCAGCCCAGCUGGACAGAUGAAUCAUAUCAAGGCUGUUUCACUUGUCGAGUCUGGCAGUUUGGACACUGGGUGGAAGUAACCAUUGACGAUCGUUUGCCUUGCCUUGGUGGUAAACUCUGCUUUUCCCAGUGUCAGACAGAAGAUUUGUUUUGGCUUCCACUGUUGGAAAAAGCUUAUGCAAAACUGCAUGGAUCUUACGAACAGCUGUGGGCAGGACAGGUGGCAGAUGCUUUGGUUGAUCUGACCGGAGGAAUUGCUGAAAGAUGGACCCUGAAAGACCCUGGAAGAAGUGUGGAGAAAGAGAAGACUGGCAUGGUUUUGGAGAAAGCAGUGUUCAGGAGACUAAUGAACCUGAAGGAACAGUGUGUAAUAAGCUGCUCGGUCCUCAAUUCCAGACAAGGUGCAAGUGAACUAGGAGAAUUUCAUGCCUUUAUUGUGAUAGACAUGUUGAAUCUGUCUCAAGUGUCAGGCAAGGAAAUCUUUCUACUACGAAUAAGAAAUCCUUGGGGGAGGCGGUGCUGGAGAGGUCCCUGGUGUGAGGGUGGCCGAGGAUGGAGCCAGCUAGAUCCAGUAGUUGCCUCAGAACUGCUCUCACAGAUCCAGGAGGGAGAAUUCUGGGUUGAUGAAGAGGAAUUUUUCAGGGAAUUUGAUGAGAUUACCAUGGGCUUUCCAGUCAAUGAGGAAGGACAACUUCAGAGCCUCUAUACAGAGAAAGUGCUGUAUUACUCGCAGAAUCUUUUUGGAUCCUGGGUGAGGGGCCAGUCUGCAGGUGGCUGCCGUAACAACAGCAGUUUCCCUACCAACCCAAAGUUCUGGCUGAGAGUCUGUGAAAAGAGUGAGGUGUGCAUUGCUCUGCUGCAGAACCAUAGGAAAUACAGUGCUGACUGGGCUGGAAGAAUUAAAAAUCUGACUCGCUUAGCAGAGGAAAACCUAACUUUGACUGAAGGCAUACAGGGGAAGAAUUAUCAGGCUGUGGGAUUGCAUGUCUGGAAGGUGGAGAAGAAACGAUUUAACCUUCCAAAGACCCUCUCUGCUCCUCCAGUUGUAGGUACUGUCUGCCAUUCCUAUGACAGAGAAGUGCAUGUAUGCUGUGACCUUUCGCCUGGGUUUUAUCUUGUUGUUCCCAGCACUUUUCUGAAAGAUGCAGCAGGGAAUUUCUUGCUUCGUGUAUUUUCAACGGGGAGGAUCUCUCUCAGUGAGCUAAAACCACCGCCCGCAGAUGCUGCCCUCUGUGAAGAACUCCCAGCAGGUGAAUGGGAGACAGUGCAGCUGCGUGGAUGCUGGAAAAAUGGGCAAAGCGCUGGAGGUAGCAGGAACUUCCCCUCCUUCCAUAUCAAUCCCUGCUUUCCCCUCUCCAUUCCUGCAGGACCAGGAAAAAGCAGUGUGAAAGUUACGCUUCGUCAGCACUGCCAAGAUAGCAAGUGUCGUCCCAUAGGUUUCCAUAUUUUCCAGGUACCUAGUAGCAGCUGGAAACCACAUACUUCCUCUUUUCUACACUUGGAGCCACUGGUUAGCUGUGUACCUCAUUGCUACUCACAGGAAGUAAGCCAACUUUGCAGACUUCCUGCAGGAAGUUAUGUAAUUAUACCUUCUACAUACUUGCCCAAUACAGAAGGCAACUUUACAGUGGUCAUAGCAACCAAAAUAGACAGGAAGCGUAUUCACAGCCGGGAGACACUUGGACAAGUGUUGCAAGAAAUUUCAUUUACAACUGUGAUGAAAAGGUAA